AGGAGGCAGCUGUCUGAGCGGUACCAGAACCAGCUAGACCCUGAACCCGUCAGUCCAGUUCAGCAGAGAUGAAGCCGCCUCCUCGCACUCGAAAAAUACCAGAACGCAACCUGAUGCCUGACCCGGUCCGGACGCCUUCGGGUAAACUGACAUGUAAGUGGAAGAAACUGGAGAAGAAGAAGCUCCUGGACGCUCUGAGGAGACUGUCCAAAACCGCCGGAAGCCGCGGAGACAUCGACUAUACGUUCCUGAGAAAACAGGUUCCUAACCGGUCCAUAGAAGAGAUCCAGGCUGUGGUGGAUUCUCUGAAGAACAAAGUGAUCUCUAGUGUGAGUUUGAAGCUGAAGAAGAAGAGGCUGGAGGAAGAGAAGACCAGAAAGCCCAUCGAUGUGUGGAUUCACAUGGCUUCAUCUUUGGCGGGAACCCUCGAAGAACAAAUCACUGGAGCGUUCUCUCAGAUGAUGAUAGUGUCGUCCACAGAGCCUAGCACCCUGAAGAACUGCGACCCUCCUCAGGUCCACAGACCACCCACAGACCGGGACAGACCUGUUGGUCGCACCAUCCCUUUCAGACCAGUGCCUGGUAUGCCAGUACAAGGUAAGCAUCCUGGCACCAAUCCCACCCGUCCUCUCCUGGUCCUCAAGACUCCAGCACCAACCAUAGGCCCAGCCAAAAGACCCCCAGCUCUAUCCAGAGUGGUCAGAGUGCCAAACAGCACAGUCCCUCCACCCCAGCAACAGCCUUCAACCACAUCCGAAAGCUCACCUGCUGCCCCCUCCAACCAGCCAGGUGCAGCAGAAAUACCUGCAGCGUCCCCUACAGCCCCAAAGCCUGAGAUCCCGGCCUCAGGGCAAAGCACGCUCAGUCCUGGCUCUGCAGCAGUGCCCCCGCCUCCACCUCCGCCUCCACCCCCAGCCCCCACCUCCACCCCAGCCCCCACCCCCGCCUCCACCUCAGCCCCCGCCUCCACCCAGCCCCCACCUCCACCCCAGCCUCCACCCAGUCCCCACCCCGCAUCCACCUCCACCCAGCCCCCACCUCCACCCCAUGCUGCUCAAUUCUCUGUCCCCUCCUCGAGCUCCUCCACCUCCACCACCCACCCCCUGCCCCCCCUCUCUGGCCCCGCCGCAGAAGUUCAUGCCAGGUUUGGUCGCACCAGCAAGUUCGCCACCAAAGACAGUCCCCGGACCUUAGGUGUCAAGUGCAUUGUGGACUUUGAGAGGAUCUACCGCUACCUGAGUGCGAUCCACAAACCCACUGACGAGUGUCACCUCACCCCCAUGGAGAGCGCCAUCAUGUUGGACCUGUUGAUGUCUCUACCUGAGGAGCUUCCCCUGCUCGACUGUAAGAACCUGCACAAACACCUGGUCCAGGUGUACCAGAGUCUGUCAUCACCUGCUGACUCCCAGCUGGCGAGAGAACUGUUUAAAAACCUGAAGGGCGGACCCUCUGCUCAGUCAGAGGGUCCGAGCGGUCCAGACAGCACCACACCAGAGGGUCAGCAGAGCUCUGACAGGACUGGCGGCAGUGAGGUCGUGGACAGUGGUGGGAGGAAACUACAGCCAGAAGCUGAGAGCCAAUCAUCACAGAGCAACAACACAUCCAGCCAAUCAGGGAAUGGAGACGUGAUGGGACCCUGCCCUCCCCUCAACCCUUUCAUGGUGCCACUGAAGCUGCUGAUGCGCAGAUAAAUGUAGUUUAAUAUUUAUAAACAGUGGUUUGUGUCGUGUGCCUUAUUUUUUCCAUAUGUUGUAGAUUUAAUAUUUAACUUUAUACUGGUUCAGUGCUGAGUCUACUUAUUUGGUCUUCGUCUCAAAAGUUACUGAGCUGGAUUUUCAAUAACUAGUUUCUGAGUGACCACUAGAGUUUGUCUGGUGUUAAAGUUGGAUGUCUGGUCACAUUCAUUGUUCAUUUAUUCUUUGGGCUGAUAGUUUUUUUUGUUUUAUUUAAG